AGACAAAAGCAGCAAAGAUGUCGAAGCUUGCAGUGGUUAUCAUUCUCUUCCUUAGCCUUUCGGCGUAUGUGGCAAACGCCCAGGUGGGAUGGGAUAAUGGCGGUGAUGGUAUGGCAAGGCCCAAAUUCCGCGCCAUUAUUGCAAUGGUGUUCGUGAACUUCUUGAGAGGGCUCGUUACACAGCUGCAAGUUUUCCUGACCAUGACGCGCGCCUGCGGUUCGCUGCUUUCGCUGCCUUUCAGGGUCAUCAUGGAACUGACGCAGAAUAUACUAACCAUGAGCUCCAGAAUUCUAGGCAUAUGCCCUAUUGGCUCCGAUGGAGGUCCAGCACCAGCAUCGAGCUGCACCACCCUUGUGAGCAACAGCAUGCCCAUGUUCGUCCAGCUGUUCAGCAGGGGUGUUAAGGAGCUGUUCAAUCCCGCUCCUCUUGGCAUGUCGGAGUGCGAACGCAAGAGUCGCCAGCAAAUUACUCCUAUAAUGCAAGAGGCAAACCAAUUCGUUAACAAGAGCUAAUUUUAUUGCAGUUCUUCAAGUGCAUCGCGCAUAUGUAUAGCAAAUCCUCAUGGUUUUGCCAAAUAAAAACGCAUGCAACAAAUCAAAA